AUGGCAUCUUCCAAAUACUUCGGCCUCCAAGGCCACCUCCUGAGCAGAUUGCAGACGGCUCUUAUCGUCGCCCCGUCCUUCAUCUUGUUCGGGUACAACCAGGCCGGUAUUGGCGGCCUGAUCACCGAGAACGACUGGGUCAAGACGUUCCCCCAGAUCGAUACCGUCCACGCCGUCGGCUCUGACAAGAGCCAAAAGUCGACGCUGCAGGGCCUCGUCGUAGCCGUCUUCGUCAUCGGUGCCCUCUUCGGCGCCCUCUCGUGCUCGUACACCGGCGACAAGUUUGGCCGCCGCAACGUCAUCUUCUUCGCCGCCGUCUGCACCUUCGUCGGCGAGGUCCUCGAGGCGGCCGCCUUCGGGCUGCCGCAGUUCAUCGUCGGCCGGAUCGUCGUGGGCCUCGGCGUCGGGCAGCUGAGCUCGCUGGUGCCCGUGUGGCAGAGCGAGACGUCGGGCGCCAAGAACCGCGGCCGCCACGUCGUGCUGGACGGCCUCUUCAUCUGCCUCGGCUACGUCCUCGAGUCCUGGAUCAACCUGGGCUUCUUCGAGUUCCGCACGGGCGCCGUCACCUGGCGCCCGCCCAUCGCCAUCGCCUGCUUCUUCUCCCUCGUCCUCGUCGCCUCCGUCUACGCGUUCCCCGAGUCCCCCCGCUGGCUCCUCAUGACCGGCAAGGCCGAGCUCGCCCGCGAGAACCUCGCCGUGCUCCGCGGCCUCCCCCAGGACGCGCCCGAGGUCCUCGCCGAGAUCGAGGGCAUCGAGCUCUCGCUCGAGCUCUCGGCUAACGGCGGCGCGAAGCUUAGCCAGCUCCUCAAGAUGGGCGAGGACAAGCUGGUCUACCGCUUCGGGCUGUGCAUUCUCCUGCAGUUUUACCAGCAGAUGUCUGGAAGCAAUCUUAUUAGCGUCUACGCGCCGAUCCUCUUCCAGGAGAACCUCGGCUUGAGCAGCGAAACCUCGCGCAUCCUUUCCGCCGGUGCCUUGACCUGGAAGUUCCUAUCGUCGUUCCUGGCCUUCGUGGCUAUCGAUCGGUUCGGGCGACGCGUUGUUUUCAUCAUCAGCGGCGUUGGCAUGUCGUGCUGCAUGAUAGCACUCGCCGUUGCGACAUCGUUCCCCACGUCCAACAGAGCCGCGCAGAUCGCGGCAGGCUGCUUUAUUUAUCUGUACAACACCUUCGUCCCCAUCGGGUUCCUUGGCGCCAAUUUCUUGUAUUGCACCGAGGUCGCCCCACUCCGGCUGCGCAUGGCCAUGAGCUCGAUCUCGACAGCCAACCAUUGGGCCUGGAACUUCCUCGUCGCGAUGGUGACUCCCGUGGCCAUCUACAGCAUCGGCUGGAAGUACUACAUCGUGUUCGCCGUCAUCGCGGCCUGCGUGCCCGUCUCGGUCUACUUCCUGUUCCCGGAGACCAUGGGCCGCAGCCUCGAGGAGAUCGACCUCAUGUUCAAGGACUCGCCGUCGGCGUGGGCGACUGUCCGGUACGAGAAGCAGCUGCGCCGAGCCGGGUCGCCGACGUCGUCGCUCUCGGAGAAGAACAAGCUCGACCACUCCGAAGGCUAGAUAUAUAUCCUUAUUUUCCUUUCCUUUUCUUUUCUUCCCCCCCCUUACCUGAACGGCUAUUUCCCCCUAGGCUUGGGUCCAAUGGAUGGGUAAAUAUUGGAUAAGCCAGGCCGACGAAUACCAAAUACCGAAACCGAAACCGACUUGACGAACCCCUGGAUGUUAUGAAUCUAUGAAGCGUUACGUUGUUUGGAAAAAAAAAGAAGAAGAAGAAAGAAAGAAAAAUAGACUUAUUCCGUCGGGUAGAUAGAGAUAUAUAACUAGACGCGGAAUGGAU